AUGUGGCCCUACUACCAGCGAACGCCUUCCUUCACAUUCAAACAGCUUGCAGUUGUACUUGGUAUAUUCAACGUAUUGAUCUUGUAUAUGUACUACACGUAUUACUGCUGUGUGACUGCCGAUGCAGGUGGCGUUCCCAUAGGGUGGCGAGUGCCUGAGGGGUGCCACUACAAGCGCUACUGCUUCAAAUGCCGUGCAUUCAAGCCACCCAGAGCGCAUCACUGCCGUGUUUGUCGUCGCUGCGUGCUUCGAAUGGACCACCACUGCCCGUGGAUCGGCAACUGCGUGGGGUUCGGCACGUAUGCGUACUUUCUCCAGUACACAACCUCGGUGAUGAUUUCUUGUUCGUAUCAUCUUGUCAUGACGACCAUGCGUGUGUUUGAUGCAUGGAACACAUACUACUACAUGUCGCAUCCGACCACGCUCGAAGCCUCGAUGCUGGUCGUGAAUUAUCUGCUGUGUAUUCCUACAUUCCUUCUUGUCUCAUUCCUCACUCUAUACCACUACUACCUUCUCAGCACAAAUACCACAUCCAUCGAGUCGUGGGAGAUGGAUCGUGUGUAUCGACAGAUCCGCCGCGGUCAUAUCCCGUUCACUACCUUCCCCUUCGAUGUCGGCUGCUGGCAGAACAUUUCGUCCAUACUUGGUUCGCGUCCCUGGCUUUGGCCGUUGCCAAAGGCACCGCGUGGUGAUGGACUCGCGUUCCCUGUUGCGCCGCUUCAGGACGAUCCUUUCGCAAUGUAUGCAUGGCCACCAAGAGAUCCACAUGCGCGUCUUGCGAGGCCCAGCAUGCGCCGAAUGCGCACGCGUCCUGGGAUACAUGUCCAGAAUGAUGUCCAUGAUAAUGUACAGGCCCCUCGCUUUGUGCAACACCACGACGGUCCGCUGCCAUCGCUUCAAGAUGCUAACCAUGCUGCUGACGACCACACCGCGCACCUCACUGACAUGUAUGACUCGUACUCGAGCGAUGGACAUGAAGACGACCAUGCGUUGGACGGCUACGAUGACGACAUCGAUGACCAGCAUUCAUAUGCGCCAUCUGGGCAUGUGCGUGUGCGACGAGGCAGUGAAGGAUACGAGGUCAUACCGCCACACUACGCACGCGCUUUAUGGGAAGAUCAAGGCGCGGCAGCAUUUCCACCCGGCACGGAGCCGCCGCCGCUGCCGUCGCAGUUGUGGCGGUCUGAUCUGUCACCAGCUGGUGCCGACAAGGAGGGAUGGCCUGAAUAUCCACAUGGUACAUUCGCGGCGUACGGGAGUCAUGUGGAUGACGAUGAGGACUAUGACGACGACCUUCCGCUGGCUACACUGCGUGGGGCGCCGUAG